GUCGUCAUAAGGGCGCGCCGCGGUCUUCGCUCGCCCAGGAAGUGGGAGAGUUGCUAUGGCGAGUCCGGCCGCCUCGUCUGUGCGACCGCCGAGGCCCAAGAAAGAACCGCAGACGCUCGUCAUCCCCAAGAAUGCGGCGGAGGAGCAGAAGCUUAAGCUGGAGCGACUCAUGAAGAACCCGGACAAAGCAGUUCCAAUCCCGGAAAAAAUGAGUGAAUGGGCACCUCGACCUCCCCCAGAAUUUGUCCGAGAUGUAAUGGGUUCAAGUGCUGGGGCUGGCAGUGGAGAGUUCCACGUGUACAGGCAUCUGCGCCGCAGAGAGUACCAGCGACAGGACUACAUGGAUGCCAUGGCUGAGAAGCAAAAAUUGGAUGCAGAGUUUCAGAAGAGAUUGGAAAAGAAUAAAAUUGCUGCAGAGGAGCAGACUGCAAAGCGUCGGAAAAAGCGCCAGAAGUUAAAAGAGAAGAAACUGUUGGCAAAGAAGAUGAAACUUGAGCAAAAGAAACAAAAAGAAGGACCCAGUCAGUCCCAGGAGCAGCAGUCCAGUAGCUCUGAGGAGGCAUCUGGAACAGAGGAGGAGGAAGACGAACCCAGCUUCAUCAUGAGGCGAUGAGGUGCUUGCACAGCAGCCAUUGGGCGCCUGGUCAUUCUGUGACAGGGGCCCCAAAUCUUCAUUGUGACCAGAAGGAAAGAGAGCCUGUUUGGCUCAGCUGCCCAGGACUCGCUGCGUAGGGAGCACGUGGGAGCUGCUUGCAGUCCUGUUGGCAGGACUCCGCCUGGGGGACAAGGGAUCAUGUCCUGGAGGGCACUGCCUCGAUCCUCCUUCCAUGCUCCUGCUUUAGGGAAAGGCCUCAUCGCUGACCGCUGGCUGCUGUUCUCUGGGAUUUAAAUGGCAGUGAGCUUGGGGCUGGUUUCUGUUAAGGGAAUAUUUAUUUAGUAAAAAACAAACAAACAAACAAAAACAGAAAACCUCUAGGCGCUGUUCACAUACAUGGAACGUUGAUCACAGAGCCGUGGAAAGGCUGUGAGGUGACACAGAGGCGGGGCCUGGAGGGCCAGUAGUCCUGUUUGCUGGUCAGCUCCCUACCCCUGCCCGGCCUGCAGCCCUGCUCUGGUGCCUGUGCUGUCGCUGGUCCCUGACCCUGUUCCUCCGCUGAGGAUGCAGAACAAGCUGCACAAGAGCCACAGAUCAGCAGCUCCCAGAACAAGGGAGGUGUGGGAGGGACUUCACCAGGGGCUGGGCCACAGGAACAGGCCCUGCUGGCGGAGGGCUCUUGGGAACAGUGGAAACCAGAGGAUAAGCAGCGGGAGAAUCCAGGCUGGGUAUGGGGUCUGAGCCAAGCUGCGCUAGGGGCCAAAGCUGCAUUUCCAUCCUGAUGUCACCAGGAAUCUAAACAGAAGGGGGACUGAAGUAUCCGGACAGCUGGUUGGAACUUUCCUCCAGGUCACAGGAGCCAGAGACAGAGGAGGCCAGCCCUCCCGCUGUGUCCUCAGGUGGAUACAGUCCAAGCCCUGUGUGCACACCGGCCCAGGGACAAGCAGUGCAGGAUGCUGUGCUGGAGCAGGGAGCUUGGGAGGUGAUCAAGGACAGCUCUGAUCUCAGUGUCUUCCGGAGAUAACCCCACCUUUGACCACCUUUGGUGGGUGUCUUGAGGCCAGUUAGGGCAACAGAGACAGUUUGUGUUGAGAGUCUGUGCUCUGUUUUUGGAUCAUUUCCAGCUCCUGCGCAUGUGUGUGCCUUUUAUGGAUUUGGGUAUCAGUAAGGAAAAAGUGGUUUGAGUAAAGGGAAACAGAAGGUUUUACUUCUUUCACACAGAGUUCCCUGACCCCAUUGAGAGCCAUGGGACAUCACUAAUAACUUCUGUCCCAGGAGUUUCUCUUUCCCAAGAAGCGGAAAUGAAGAGUCAGUCCUAAUAAAUGAACACAUACCCUGGCUAU